ACAACAGUACAGCAGAAGUCAGCUAUUCGUCAGUUUACGUUAAAUUAUCAUCGCAGCGAAAUGCGUUUCCAAUGUUAAUGCCAUGGAACUUGGAUAGCAUUGGCUUUUCUUUUUCAAGAAGUUCGUCUGAAAUUAAAAUUGUGCUGUCUCCUCAUUGCUCAGCAUGAUGAAGAAGCAAGACAGCGGUAAGUGCAAGUUUGUCCUGUCAAAGGAAGAGUGCACCUGUCCAAUUUGCAUGUGCAUCAUGAUUGAGCCGGUGACGAUGCCGUGCCGUCACUCGCUGUGUAUGCCAUGCUACCGGCAGACUGUGGAGAAGGCUAGCCUCACGUGUCCCAUAUGUCGGCUCAGAAUCUCUGUCUGGGCCCGCAAGGCUUCGAAACAAAAUAACUUGGUCGACGAGGCAAAGUGGCAAGCCAUUCAAAGGGCCUUCCCAGGGAAGGUGCAGCGUCGACUGGACGAGAAAGAUGUUUCCGAGGAUGAUGAUGAGAAUGAGGAUGAUUAUGAAACACAGCUGCGGAGACUAAAAGAACUGUCAAAGCCUGGGGAAAUCAGACAAGAAUAUGAAGCUGCACUUCAAAAGCUCCAACGUCAGCGUGAAGAGGAGGCGAAGAAGGAGGCUGAGGCAAGCGAGGCGCUGAUCCGAGUCUUACAGGAGGAAGAGGAACUGGAAAUGGAGACAUGGGAGAGAGAAAGACAAGAGACGGAUCUGCUGGGACGCCUCGCUGCCGAGCAGUUGGAUCAGAGGACUAAUAUUGGGGCCAGGGAGAAGGAGUCACUGAGCACAAGCGUGCCCCCGACCUCUCACAAAAAAGGCAACAGAAAGGUCAAGGGCAAGAGCAAGCCAUCGACGAGUCAGAGUACUAGUCCCAACCUGACUCUCAACACAUUCUUCAACUCUGUCCCGCGGUCAUCGUCGUCCAGCGCCCCUCCUGACCCAUGGUAUCAGGGCAGAGAGUUGAAGCAGCAGCAGCAUUCCGGCAGCCCCUACCCAUACAAGUGCAUUUCCCCCAAAGAGAAGAUUUUUUAUGGCCUCUCACACUUGGACCAGCCACAGCCGGACAGCGAGAGUAGCAGUGAUGGUAGUGAGACUCUACAGCAACUAGAUCAUGCCUACUCCACAGCUUCGGCUCAGCAGAUUGACCUGACGGCCCGUGAUGCUGACGUCAUAUCAGCGCCGCGGACUGACAUCGACUCACCAAUUGAUUUAUCCCACGUCAAAUCGGAGGCUGUGGAUAUUUUUGCUGCUGGCCCCAGUGGUCUGAGUACGUUGGUGGGGCCACACUUUCAGCCAAUCGCUUCCUGUGAUAGAACACCCCCCAAAAAAGCAGCCAAUGGUGUGAGGCAUGACCCUCCAUUGGUGCGGGCUACGCCCCGUAAUCUCUUCUCCUCAAUGAGUUCUUUGAGUGUUGAGUCUAUUCCUGCCCUCACCACCACUGGAGAAGUCGCCAAGUUUUCGUCGAAAGUUUCUCCCUCCACAAGAGCUCUUCUCAAAGGCCAGGCCCACAAAAAGAAUAGCCCUGAAAGAGAAAAUCCUCCAGAGGUUGCUCAGCUCAAAAAGUGCAUUGUCAACCUCCAAGCAUGUGAUCCCCCUUCUAAAAGUUUGGGAAAUGGUUCUCAAAGUCAGCCCAGUGCUGUUGUCCAAGGACCUCAGCUGCAAACUUUCAGUGAUUGUCAAUUGAAAAGCCGCUCACAGACUGAAUUGUGUACCUCAGAAAGACAAGACCAACUGUCUGUCUCUACAUUGUCCGCGUUUCCUCAGGACUCUGAUAGGUCCAAUGACAAUGCUGUUUCCGACUCCUCCCUGGAUUCCUUUGAUAUUCAUCUCGACGUAACGCGGCCACAAGGCAAUGACUUUAAGUCCAACGGCAGCAAAGUUAGCAAAGACUUGCAGGCAGUUCAGACAAGGACGUCACAAUGUUCGUCUGGGGAACAACACUCUGUACCUAAAAUCAAGAGAGCCACCGCUGUCUCUUCAGAGGCACCACAUGGGGUCGUGAAGGAUAUUCUCGGCUUUCCCUCCACAGAGGUGCUCCAGAAAAAUGUGACGGCGUCUGACGUUAAUCUGCAAAAAAAGCCACUGGAGAAAAAAACUGGGGAAUGUAACAGGGACAUAGAGUGGAGGGAGUCGCCUGUGUCUGACAGUAGUGACGUCCUGUUCUUAGAUCAGGAAGAUAAGAGCAAAUCGAAGGAGAACAUUCUCCAGGUUUCUGCUCCAAGACUGACUGACAUUGAAAUGAUUGAUACCAUCAGUGAUUUUGACUCCCAUAAAACUGGACCUGCUCAGGCGGGUGAGUACAAGUCCAUGAAAGAUGUUAAUGAUAACUGUUCAGAGACAAAGUCAGGCCAGUCUUCACCUGAUACUGAAAGACCACUUCAGACAUCCAAAUCUGAGAACAGGGAUCUGUCCUCACAAGGAAGACAAAGACUGGUGAAGAAUAAGAAAGAUCGGCAAGUUAAUGGUGCUUCAGAAGGGGUUACUCUCUCAUCAAAAUCAAAGCCGUCCCUAUCAGGUGUAGUGCCUUCUACAAAUAAGACUGGAAAUUCCAACCAGUUGUCUAAAGGAACAAUGGAUUAUUUUGUUCUAAAAAGCCGGAGAAAUAGUGGCAAUGAAAGUGCUGAUUUGACUCGUUCUGAACAGGAACUUGGUGGAAGCACCAAGAAGAAACAGAAAAAGCCUGCGAAGAAAAGGAAAAGGAUGAUAUCAGUUUCAGACACUGAUGAUGAUAUUGAUGACUCGGAUGUUGAAAGUGUGUGCUCCAAAGAUUUCGUAUCGUCGUUAACAGCAGAUGAUUCUGAGAAGGCUGGGAUGACUCAGGAGGAGAGAGACCAUCUAUAUGCUUUGGAGCUUCAGAAUAUGUUCUCCAUGCUGGAUAAACAGAACAUUAAGGUUGACAGAUUUAAAGGUUCGAGUGAUGAGUAUAGUCUUCGAAAGAAAAAAAGACGAAAGUAGACGUUUUUGUCUUAAGAUAGUGAUUGUGGGUAGGCUUGUCAGAUUUGUUUUUGAAAUACAGAGAAUAGGGGAGUAGGAAUUUUGAGUGCAUGAAAAUUUUAAUGUCACAUUAAAAUGCAACAAGUUA